AUAAAUCUGGAUGGUUUUGGAAUUUUGAAUGCUAAUAUAUUUAUCUUUAUAAAUGAAAACUGUAUUAGAGUGAGAUAACACAGGAGAUAGUAACUUGAUAGCAGUAUGAUAUAGCAGUUUUAAUGUGUUUAACGGCAAAAUAGACACUUAGUGUUUUCUUCUGUUUCGGAUAUGAUUCCAUACUUUAAGAUUUCCACUUUCGCGUCCUUGAGCACGUGUUGAUGUUUUGCUUGUUUCUCGGUGACUGAACCAUGGCGAGAAUACGAAAACAGAGCAGAAAUAAGACUUAUAACUACACAAAAGACCGAAAGAGAAGCUGGAAAAACAAAAGCAAACAACAAAAAAUUACAUGUGAGACUGUGAGAGAAUCUUGGGAUGAGAAGAAGUCUGUGGCACAGAACAUGCAUGACAUGGGACUGUCAGCAGACUCCAACAAGACCAUCAGGAUCCCCAAAACUAAGGAAUUUCUGACAAAGUCUGCUGAAGUUGUCAUGGCAAUGAAAUCCAAGAAAAAGAAAGCUCUCAAGCAUCAUGUUGUUGAUGCUCUUGAGAAGCAGGCCAAUAUUCCACAGGAGGCCAGGCUGCGACUGUCAGACUUGGAGGUCAGAUACUGUGUACACAUGAUAGAGAAACACGGGGAGGACUAUAAGGCAAUGGCACGGGACCCAAAGAACUAUUACCAGGAUACACCUAAACAGAUAAAAAAGAAAAUCAACCGAUUUAAGAACAUUCCCGAGCAGUAUGAGGCCUACCUUCGCUCAAAAGUAUACCUGUCCCCGCUCCCUGGUGGCGCUGUCGUGGCACAAGUAAAGAUGACCGGUGGCCGCCGCAUCACACGGGGCUAUGAGGCUGGGAGGAGGAACGGACACUUCAACACCACCCCUCCCCGCGCCGACAGCAGCAGCAGCACUGGGACGACGGAGCGGGUCAUGUCACGUGUUAAACGGAAACUGAACUUCGGCAGAAAGCCUCCCAAGGAAAGGGACUUAACUCCUAACACCUCCAGUACAAGCAAGGCCAGUAGAAAGAAAUCGAAGACCGGUUCAAGGAUCCAAAAUCUGAAAAGAUCAGUUCGGAGAACCGGAAACACAAUCAACCGUGAACUGCGCAAUCUCCUGAACUCUGCUGUGACUGUGAUACUUCCUGUGCGCCUCCGUUCCGAUAUGCGCCGCUUAGAGCGCACCGGAAGUACUAGUGGCGGGAAGAGGACAACAAGUCGUGAAGGUUACCCAGUCAAAUCAUCCCAGGAAGUGACCCAUCUACCCAAGAGACGCAGCAGGCACAGAUCCAAGGAGGUUGUAACUGGUAACAUGAUUGUGAGAUGAAAUACACCACUUGUAUGUUUAACACCACUGUUUUGAUCGGUUGUAUUCUCCGUUUGUCACAUUUUUGUCGAAGACUUCUCGCGAAAACGUCAAUGAGACUUCAGUGUAAAUAUCCUUGUUUCAUAGUGUACAUUAAAUAACUUCGUAUUUUGUUAUUUUCCCCUGGCUUUCCAGUUGUUGCACCUACAGCUGUUUACGUAAUGGCCUCUGGUCGUAAUGUUGUUUGUUGUUUAAGUUUGUUGUAAAUAUUUUGCAUCCACCCCAUUUACUUGUUAUUUGUUAUCGUAUGUGAUGCGUCUUUGGUUUGCAA